AUGAAGAAAACUACAGUUCUACAGGUCUGUGUGGCAUUUGUGCUCUGCUCAAUGUGGGCAGUGGCCGGAUCUCCUGUGGACUGUCCAGGCCAAGAUACUGAAGGAACGUCCUGCACCAUCUCAAUUGAGAAGCUCCUGGAACGAGCUGUUCAACAUGCAGAGCUCAUUUACCGCUUCUCAGAGGACUCCAAAUUGAUGUUUGACGAGAUGCUCAUUUCAUACGGAAUGAAUCUGCAUAUUCCCGAAGGGACCAUGUGUGCUCCUAAAACGGUGCCGGUUCCUUUGUCUAAAAGUGAAAUCCAAGAGAUUUCCGACAAAUGGAUCCUUCACUCGAUCCUGAUUCUGGCCCAGUUCUGGAUUGAUCCACUGGUAGAAGUACAGGCAUCUCUUGAGAGUUAUGAGAAUGUCCCAAGUGCCCUGCUUACCAGGAGCAAAUGGAUAUCUACCAAACUAAUGAGCCUGGAACAGGGUAUAAUUGUUCUCAUUAGACAGAUACUGGGUGAAGGUAGUUUGGCAUUGGAGGGUCCUGAACAGACAUCCGAUCGCUUUGUGUCUUCUAGUAUACUUGAAACUGUGAGAAGAGAUUACAGUGUGAUCUACUGCUUCAGGAAAGAUGCGCACAAGAUGCAGACUUUCCUCAAACUGCUGAAGUGCCGCCAGAUCGAUAAGGAGAAUUGCUCUCUUUUCUAACUUAAAAAUAAUGAUAAUAAUUCUAUGUUAUUUUCAG